AUGUCUCAAAUCGAAAACUCAGCGCAGACUGGUUCUUCGGAGCCUUACACAAUCUUUACAGCUCCUCAAAAAGCCUUCAUUGUCACCACAGUUUCGUUCGCAGCUACUCUUUCCGGCUUUGCAUCGAACAUAUACUUUCCCGCUCUGCCUCAAGUCGCCAAUGACUUAUCAGUUAGCACCACUCUGGUUAACCUCACUGUGACAUGCUAUUUGAUAUUUCAAGGCCUGUCACCUACUCUCUGGGGGUCGUUGGCCGAUACCAAAGGCCGCCGCGUUACCUACUUGUGCACGCUCGUCAUCUUUCUUGGAGCAUGUAUAGGACUGGCGGAGACGCGGAGCUACGCGCAGCUGCUGGUACUUCGCUGUGUCCAAAGUACCGGGAGUGCCAGCACCAUUGCACUAGGGGCCGGAGUCAUUGGGGACAUUACAAAGAGGGAAGAAAGGGGUGGAUAUAUGGGUGUCUUCCAAGGCGGACUUUUGAUGCCAGUCGCCAUCGGUCCGGUGAUUGGUGGCGUGCUAGCGGACAAGUUGGGGUGGAGAUCAGUAUUUUGGUUUCUGACGAUCUAUGGCGGGGUUUGUGUGCUCGUUAUUGUGCUGAUCCUGCCUGAGACACUGAGAUCAAUGGUCGGGAAUGGAUCGGAAGAACCAAAGGGAUGUGCAAUAUCCCUUCUUGCUCUUUAUCAGCGAAAGAAGCAUCUCAGACAAAGCAUUACCCCUUCCACAGAGGGUGAGAAACCGGCGACGAAACACAUUGACUUCAUGGGCCCAGCAAAGAUCCUAUUGCAUUGGAACACCUUUUGUGCGAUAUUCUACGUGGCGAUCCACUAUACAGCGUGGCAAAUGAUUCUCACGGCCGUAUCCACGCUCGUCCAACAGAAAUACCACACAUCAGAGAUUCAAGUUGGCCUAAUCUUCCUUGCCAAUGGAGCAGGAUCCAUCAUCGGAACCGUUCUGGUCGGCAAAUUCCUCGACUAUGACUACAAGCGGAUUUUGCGCAAAUAUGGCGGUGAUGAACAGCGCAUACCCAUCGAAAAGGCUCGGCUGAGGACGGUGUGGAUUUGGAGCGCACUCGAAUGUGUCUCCGUUCUGGUUUUUGGGUGGACCGUCAACCAAGGCGUCCAUAUUUCCGUUCCAAUCAUCUGCUUUUUCGUCCUCGGUUGGGCGGCCAUUUCACUCCAAAGCGUGAUUUCGACCUACCUCGUCGACAUACACCAUACCCAGAGCGCUUCUGCCAUGGCUGCCCUCAACCUUGUCCGUUGCUUGCUAGGAGCUGGUGGAACUGCUGUGGUCGGGCCUCUGAUCAGCAGUGUCCAUGUUGGUUGGGCUUUUACCUUGUUGACAGGUGUCAUGCUCUUCCUGGGAGGUCUUGUUGUGGUUCAAUUCAUGUUUGGGAAUGGCUGGAAGCGGAAAUUCAAGCGGAAUGCACCGAGCGAAAUGGAAGAACAAAAUGCUUGA